GAGGCCCGGUAGGAGAUGGCAGGGCCGGCGGGGGACGCGCAGUGGGCCGCCGCGUCCCCGUCCCUGGGCGCGCUGCUGGCCUACCGCUCCUACGCGCGCCGCUGGGUCUUCCUGCUGGUGGUCAGUCUGCUCAGCUGCUCCAAUGCCAUGCUGUGGCUCAGCUUCGCGCCCGUGGCCGACACCAUCGCCCGGCACUUCCGCCUGUCCGCCCAGCAGGUCAACUGGCUCUCGCUGGUCUACUUUGUGGUGUCCAUCCCAUUUGGCCUGGCGGCCAUUUGGGUCCUGGACUCAGUCGGGCUCCGCUGGGCGACCGUCCUGGGCGCCUGGCUGAACUUUGUCGGGAGCGUCUUCCGCGCCCUGCCCUGCAUGCCCUUCCGGGCCUCGGAGCCGUUUGCCUUCCUCCUGGGGGGCCAGAGCCUCUGUGCUCUGGCGCAGAGCCUGGUCAUCUUCUCUCCGGCCAAGCUGGCCGCCCUGUGGUUCCCGGAGCACCAGCGCGCCACGGCCAACAUGAUCGGCACCAUGGCAAAUCCCCUGGGUGUCCUGGUGGCCAACCUGCUGUCUCCUGCCCUGGUGAAGAAGGAGGACGACAUCCCCGUGAUGCUGGGCAUCUACAUGGUCCCCGCCGGCCUCGCCUGCCUGCUGGCCACCGCCUGCCUCUGGGAGAGCGUGCCCCCCACCCCGCCCUCCGCGGGGGCGGCCCAGUCCACCUCGGAGGGGUUCCUGGACGGGCUGAAGCUGCUCCUGAGGAACAAGGCCUACGUCAUCCUGGCCGUGUGCUUCGGGGGUGGCGUCGGCAUCUUCUCCAGCUUCUCGGCCCUCCUGGAGCAGGUGCUCUGUGUGGAAGGCUACUCCAACGAGUUCGCGGGCCUCUGCGGGGCUCUCUUCAUAGUGUUUGGGAUCCUGGGGGCGCUGGGCCUCGGCCUGUACGUGGACCGGACCAAGCAUUUCACGGAAGCCGUCAAGGUCGGCUUCUGCCUGACCUCUUUGGUCUGCGUGGCCUUUGCCCUGGUGUCCCAGCGGCGGGGCCAGGCCGUCGCGCUGGCCGCCAUCUGCUCCCUGCUCGGGCUCUUGGGCUUCUCGGCGGCGCCCGUCGCCAUGGAGCUGGCGGUGGAGUGCUCCUUCCCCGUGGGGGAGGGCGCCGCCGCCGGCCUGGUUUUCGUGCUGGGGCAGGUGGAGGGCUUGCUCAUCAUGCUGCUGCUGACCGCCCUGGCCGUGCGCCGCGCGAAGCCGGGCUUCUCCACCUGCCAAGGGGACCAGGGCCUCCUGGACUGGGAGGUGCCCAUGCUGCUGAUGGCCGGCCUGUGCACCCUCUUCAGCUGCUGCUUGGUGCUGCUCUUCCACACCCCGUACCGGCGCCUGCAGGCCGAGGCCAGCUCCAGCCCUUGCCACCGGGACAGCACACCCCCACCGCAGACCCACCCUGAGGCCCUGCCUGGGCUUCCCGACGGCCCCAGCAUGGAAGCUCCAGGAAGCCCGGGGGCAGCUCAUCCCUAGAGCGUCUCCGGCCCUUGCGGGGCCUGAGAAGCCGGC